CUUGCAGAAAACAUGGUUCUUGUAGGGGUAUGAUGUGGUGGCAGUGGCAGUGGCAAUGGGGCAGCGUAGAUCGCUAAAAGAAAAAGGUGUACCGGUGAUAGGCAGGAAAGGUGUAAUCUUGAAGUUUAACCAAUUAAGGGGCAAGUGAAAAGCCAACGCAUUUAUAUGUAUCGUUACAUAACCUAUGAAGCGAACGUCGAGUCUCAUCACAGAAGCCUUCAUCCGUCUCCGGUCGACGUCGCCGAUUCGCUCCGCCGCAGCUUCUCCGUUUAAAGUAGAUCCGGCGACCCGAAAAUCCGUUUUCUUUCUCGCCGGUAGAUCCAUGGAUAGUGCCGUUAGAGCUCCUGAAUCCGGCGGCUCCGGCGUGAAGACGCCCCAUCAAAAGAUCGAGCUGCUCCAGGAUUUUCUGAAGGAAGGCCCUGGUGGAUGGGAGAAGACAUGGGAAGCGGGAAAUACUCCAUGGGACUUGGGAGAAGCAACACCCAUUGUUGUUCAUCUAAGCGAGACCGGUUCAUUACCAAAGGGAAGGGCUUUGGUUCCUGGUUGUGGCUCAGGUUAUGAUGUGGUGGCAAUGGCAUGCCCUGACCGCCAUGUCGUAGGGUUGGACCUAUCAAAAACAUCCAUUGAGAGAUCGAAAAAGAUGUUUUCCUCAAUGCCUAAUUCGAAGUAUUUUUCGUUCCUGGCUGAAGACUUCUUCACUUGGAAGCCGCCUGAACAAUUUGAUCUCAUUUUCGACUACACUUUUCUGACCGCCUUUCCUCCCGAAAUGAGGCCAUCAUGGGCAAAGCGAGUGGAGCAACUUCUGAAACCUGGAGGAGAGCUUAUAACACUGAUGUUCCCUUUAGAUGAUCGUGACGGAGGACCUCCUUACAGCAUAUCUGUAUCCGACUACAAGAAGAUUCUGAUUCCUCUAGGGUUCGAGGUAGCAUCCAUCGAGGAUAAUAAACUCGCCGUAAGACCACGCAAGGGAGUGGAGAAGCUGGGAAGAUGGAAGAAGCCCUUCUUCGUCCAGUCCACCUUGUGAUGUUUUCAUGAACACCCAAUCUCAAAGUUCUCUGCUUUAUAUACAAAGACCGUGCCUUGAGACAAAGCCAUUAGGUGUCCUUGCAUAUACCAGGUAACACACACUGCAGAGCCUGUAAAUUCACACUAUCAUCUGCUUUAUCAUGUAAUUGAUUUACAUAUAUAUAUAUAUAUAUAUAAUUUUGCUAAUACAAAGUUUUUUUGUUUCAUAUCCUAUCCUACUUCCGUGUUUCAUUAUCUGAAUAUGUUGAGACCAAAACGUUGAAGACUCAUCUUUGAGAAUUGUAUUGGAAAGUAUGUAUGCAUGCACGUGCAGUCUUGAUUGUAGAUUAACUUAGAGAUGGAAGGUUAUGAUGGUUAUUUAUAAAUGUCUUCUGGUGUGUUUUUAUUAUA